AAAAUCGCAGCCUUUACACUUUAACCACUGUUUUAUCAGCUUUUUUUUUUUUUUUUUCAACUAUUUUACACUUUUUGAAAUUAAUUAAUUGAUUGAUUGAUAUUUAUUGAAGUAUCUUACAUUGUAAAAAUGAAGUUUGGGUUUGAGGCGCAAUUAAUCAUGGAUUGCCCAGAACAAAUUUCAGUGAAUUCAUCAUCUUCUUCUGUCGAUUUGAUGGAGCUUUCAUCUGGGAAUUAUGGAUGCAGGCACUACAGGAGAAGGUGUAAAAUUAGAGCACCUUGCUGUGAUGAGAUAUUUGAUUGCAGACAUUGCCACAAUGAAGCAAAGAAUUCUCUUGAAAUCGAUGCUUUGGAUCGACAUGAUAUUCCUCGACAUGAGAUUAGAAGUGUGAUAUGCUCCCUUUGUGGUGUAGAACAAGAUGUUCAACAUAAUUGUACUAAUUGUGGGAUUAUUAUGGGGAAAUACUUCUGCUUAAAAUGCAAUUUCUUUGAUGAUGACGUCUCUAAGAAACAGUACCACUGUGAUGACUGUGGAAUUUGCAGGACCGGAGGCAAAGAGAACUUCUUUCAUUGUUCAUCAUGUGGCUGCUGUUAUCCAAAGAUUAUGAAGGGUACACACAAGUGCUUGGAGAAAGCAAUGCAUCAUAAUUGCCCUGUUUGUUGUGAGUAUAUAUUUGAUACAACCAAGGAAAUCAGUGUACUUUCUUGUGGGCAUACAAUGCAUUUGGAAUGUGCUAAACAGAUGGAACAGCAUUAUCAGUAUGCAUGCCCUAUCUGCUUGAAGUCUAUGUGUGACAUGUCGAAAGUCUGGAGGAAACUCGAUGAAGAGGUAGCAACCACACUAUUGCCUGAAGAAUGUCAGAGGAUGGUGCAAAUUCUGUGCAACGACUGUGAGGCUAAUUCUGAAGUCCAGUACCAUGUAUUGGCACAUAAAUGCUUAAACUGCUGCUCCUACAACACAAAGUUGAUAAGAUGAGCUUCUACAAUAAGUCCAGAUUCAAUUUUCAAAGGUUGAAAGAUGGAAAGCCCAUUAUUGGAAUUCGUAGUCCCAUGUUGCUUUUUGAUGAAAAUCGUACCAGGGUAUACGGUGCUGAGAUAGCUAAAACUCGUCAGUAGAUUCAGGCUUCUUACACUUAGAAGUAAGGAAUGGGAUUAUAAUCAUUGUUAUGUAAGACUGUUAUUCUUACCAUUGUUGUAUUUUUUGGGCUGCAAUUCAUCUAUUGAGUAAGGCAUCAUGCCCGUCAUUCUUUUCUUUAUAGCUUACCGUUUGUGGAAAUAUAUUGUAGUGCUUGCAUUAUUUCAUUGAACUCAUACAGCAGCAUAGGCGCAUAAGCUCAUCUAUCUCGAUGUUUCAGCUUAUGAUUAUCGUAGGCUGUGGACUCAAUGAUUUUACUUAAUUUUAGUUAUGGAAUAAUGGGUUGUCGAA